AUGAAAUAUAUUCUUUCAAAUUUCAAUGGUGGAGAGUUGGAGAAGAAGGAAAUUUAUCGAAAGAGUUCCUCGACGCUCACAACGCCGCUCGAAAAGACGUCGGUCAACUGGGACAAUGUGUUGGAAGACUUGGCACUGAACUACUCUCAAGGACAGAUCAACAAUUGCAUUGAACUAAACCUUGCUGUGGUCCCUUUGGGUCGGAAUCUUGUUUGGGACAACAAAAACGGUCUUUCCACAACCGAAGCUGUCUGGCUUUGGGUGGCUCAGAAGAAGUAUUACAGCUUGGAAUCUGGUGUUUGUGCUCGAGACCUGAUAUGCAGACAUUAUACUCAGGUAAUUUGGAUCAAUUCGACUCCACUCGGAUGUGCUAAAGUUAGAUGCAAUAACAAUAGUGGAAUUUUGAUUGCUUGUUACUAUUACCCUGCUGGUAAUAUUCCUGGAAAGCAUCCAACUGAUGGAAUUCGAUCCCUCAUUCAAUCACAUGAUGUUGCUCCCAUGAGUCCCACCAAUUCGUCACCUUUAACUCAGGUAAUUUGGGUUCAUUCAACUCCCCAAAAAGGUAAAUCCAUGGAAGCAUUAGUCAUAGGAUUGAGUAUAGGAUUGGCUUUUGGGCUAGUUCUAAUGAUCACUUGCUUCAUUUCAAGACAAAGAAGGCAGAGAGAAAAGGAAUCUGAUGAUGAUCGCCGUGUUUUCAAUACGUUGUUUAACAAUGAGUUCGGCAAUCUGAUAGGACCAAGGAAGUUUUCAUUGAAUGAAUUGACUAAAGCAAAAAAUAAUUUCAACACUGAGAAUAAGUUGGGUGAGGGAGGGUUUGGUUUUGUCUAUAGAGGAUUCCUGAGGGACUUGGAUACUUGCAUUGCUGUUAAAAAGGUGUCCAAGGCAUCGAAACAAGGGAUCUGGGAAUACGCGUCGGAAGUGAAGAUAAUCAGUAGAUUGAGGCACAAGAAUCUGGUGAAACUAAUCGGUUGGUGCCAUGACAGGGGUGAACUCUUGCUCGUUUACGAGUUCAUGCCGAGUGGAAACUUAGACACUCAUCUUUUCAAAAGCAAAAGCUUAUUGACAUGGGAAACCAGAUUCAAAAUCAUGCAAGACUUGGCAUCAGCAUGCUAUACCUGCAUGAAGAAGGAGAUUACUCCGGCACCGUGGGGUACAUCGCUCCGGAGUGCUUGUCAUCGGGAAAAGCUAGCAAGGUUUGGAGUGGUGGCAUUAGAGAUUGCUUGUGGUAGAAGGUCAGUUGAACCCAAAUUUCAAGACUUUGAGGCUGUAUUAGUGCCUUGGGUGUUGGAAUCAUAUGGAAAAGGAAAGGUUCUGGAUGUGGCUGACAACAAAAUGGGAAUGGGGUUCGACCCUAAACAGAUGGAAUGUUUGGUGAUGGUUGGGCUGUGGUGUGCCCAUCCGAGCCAGGAUCAAAGACCAUCGAUCAGGCAAGUCAUUCAAGCCCUUCAUUUUGAGGCACCACUGUCGUAUCUUCCGACCACAAUGCCUGUUCUCGGUUAUAAAGCACUUACUGCUUCACGAAUUGGAUCGAGCGAGCCAGUACUUGAAUCUAACAUCACUCUCACAAUUCCUCGAUGA